UUUCGGAUCUCCUCAUGCGUCAGCACAUUUUGCUGUUACUUUGGCGCCAAAAGUAAGUUUGAACAUACAGAAGCCUGGUCCUCAUCGUUUCUGAGCUUGAACCCGGACGAGAAUGUACGAUUCGCAGGAAGUGGAUUUGGAUUUCGAAGAAGAAGCUGACACUGUCUUCAUCAACGACAUCUCAUGCUCCCAGGGCCACCGUUCCUCCUUAAAUCUCCGCACUCAGCUCGGCGGCUCCAUCUGCCUCCUCUGCUUCUCCAACCUCGUCUCAAACCCUCUCUCCCCAACCGUCCACGUGUCCUAUGCUCUCUCCCAGAUCGAACGAUCCCUCUCUCACCCUCCCUUCCUCCGAUCGGUGCUCGCAUUCCACCCUCACUUCUUCCUCUCUCCUCUCGUCGCUGCUCUCUCCUCCUUCGACGAUGAGCCCAUUGCUGCGCAGAUUAUCCGCCUCAUUGUCGAUAUCUGCGCCUCCGAUGAUCCCUCCGUUCGACAAGAGUUCGUCAGUCGGGUUUCCGAUAAGAUUGCCUCCGGUACUCUGGCCUGGAGCUCCCGUCAAUUGCACAUGAUACACUGCCUUGGGGUUCUUCUGAAUUGUGAAAAUGAUGAUCUAAUAACACAUAUCAGAGAUGUAUACAGCCUCAUUACCAUUCUUGUUACCGGUCUUCAAUUGCCAAGUGACGAGAUCCGUGGCGAGAUCCUUUUUGUCCUUUACAAACUGUAUGCUCUUAAGAAUACAUCUGCUGAGGGAGAUGACACUGAUAUCUUAGUUCCCUUUUGUCCGAAGCUCCUGUACCUAUUGGGAGAUGUUCUCAUGAAGACUCAAAAUGAUGAUGUUCGCUUGAAUUGUAUUGCACUUUUGACUAUGUUGGCUCAAGGACAUUUGCUCAGGGAAGAAAGUGCAUAUGAUACUUGUCACCUUUCUUACUCUGAUGGAGCUGACUCUGAAGAAAACAUUGAGGGAGCCAAGGAGUUGUCUCUGGUUAAUCUGCUUGCAGAAGCCAUCAAAGGUCCACUGCUUUCAUCGAACAGUCAAGUCCAAAUCAGCACUCUGGAUUUACUAUUUCAUUAUCUGUCUUCAAUCGGAACUUUAGACAAUCAGAUUCAUGUCAUGGUAGAAGAAAACAUUGCAGAUUAUGUAUUUGAAGUAUUAAGAUUAUCAGAUUGUAAGGAUCCUGUAGUUAGGAUGUGCCUUCAGGUACUUGAUUUUUUAUCAACUGAUAAGGAAGCUUUCAAACUAAGGCUUGUUAUUGGGUUUCACACUCUGAUUCUAGUAUUACAUUAUGUGGCUGAAGUUCCUUUUCACCCAGCUCAAUACCAGACUGUGAAGCUCAUUUAUGAAUGCAUUUCUGAGUGCCCUGGAGCUGUAUCAUCUUCUCAAAUGGAGGAGUUGGUUCUUGUUUUGAUAAAAAUGCUUAAAAAGAAUUCUAAUGGAGAGAUGGGUAUGACUCCUGAUACUUUUAUAAUGGCUUGCUCAGUCUUUGUGGCCCUUAUCAGAUCUCCAUCUUGUAAUGGAGAUUUAGAUCUGCCAAAAUCUGUUGAGGAUGCAGUGAAACAUGCCGCAUUAGCUUGUAUCUGCAUCUCUGAAAGGGACAUUAACCAAAUCUUGCAAUGUUUGUACCUACUUAAAGAGGCAUAUGCAUACAGUCAUGAUGGGAACACCAUCAACUCUAGUAAGCUGACACUUAGAAGCUGCAUUCUAGAUAUAUGUAAUACACAUUUGCUUCCUUGGCUCAUAUCUGGCAUCCAUGAAAUGGAAGAGGAAAUUGUCCUGGCUGUGCUUGAAACUUUUCAUUUGAUACUUUUGCAUUCUAGUAAUGAUGCCAUGGAAUUUGCAGAGUCCCUGAUUUCAUCCAGUUGGUUCAGUUUUUCAUUUGGAUGUUUGGGUUUGUUUACUGGAGAUAGGAUGAAAUAUAGAGUAUAUUUGUUACUCAGCUCACUCAUAGAUUCUCUCCUGGGAAAUGAUUCUGGACAACUAAUUAGAGAUGCUGCAUUGGACCUACCAUCCGAUCCUGUUGACUUACUCUUUCUACUUGGGCAGAGGAGAAGUAACAAUUUAAACUUGCCCUCUUGCCAAACUGCUAUUUUGCUGAUUAUGUAUACUAGUACACUAUAUGAUGAAAGAAUUGCUGAUGAGAAGUUGGCUUUAGCUUCCCUUGAACAAUAUAUUCUUCUUAAUGGAAGUGAUUUUCAAGAUCCAACCAAUGAUAACUUGAUAGUGACGCAACUGGUAAAUCUGUUCGGAUUGUUAAGGGGUCUUGGCAAGAUGAACCACGAAAUUCAUUACAGUCGAGAAGCUGAAGAGAUUCUGUUUCGGCUCAUAAAGAAUGAUGAAUGGGAUUUACUUUCUGCAAGGAUUCACACAGUAUCAUUGAGGUGGUUGUUUCAACAAGAGAAUAUAGUCGAAUCCUUGGGUCAUCAGAUUUUAGCAUUCUGCAGAAGCUACAACUUAGAAGGAGGUGACAUAAUUACUGGGAACAUUUAUCAAACUAUAGAUGUACAGACGCUUGCAGAGUUGGUAUCUGAAAAAGAUAAUUAUGGAGCUAGACUUUUCGUAUGCUUAUUGGCACAGCUCUUUGAGGAAGAAGGUCAAGAACAUGAUGUGAUUUCUGUUCUGAAUCUUAUGGCAACCUUAAUUCACAUCUGUCCAGCUGCUUCUGACCAGCUAUCUUUGCAUGGAAUAGGGUCAACAAUCAGGAAUUGGUGCUAUUCGAGCAAUACCUUUUCAGAAACUACUUUCAUGUCCAUCUUGCUUUUAGUUUUUAACAUUUUGAGUUCAGUGCAUCCUGAAGCACUUUCAGCUGAUCAGAGUUGGAUUGCAGUAACCAUGAAGAUGAUGGAGUAUUCUAUUCCAGCUGAAAAUUCUGAUGUUUUAAGUAAUGAAAGUCUCUUUGUAAUUGGUAUUCUUUCCUUGAUUUUGCAUCUUUCCACCAGUAAAGCACUUGAAGAGGCAUCAAAGACUAUUCUUUUCAAUACUAGCAUAAUAUCUGUAGUCAAUACUGCAGUCUGUGCUGCUGCAUCAAAGGGACCCGCUUUGGUUGACCAUGAUGAGGGAACAAGCACUGGAGAAACAUUAAUCUUUGUUCUUUUGCUUCAUUACUUCGCUAUUAGAAGUUUGCAUGCCACUGUUCAAGGGGUUGUGGAUUGGCAAAACUUCUUUGUUUCAACAAAUCCAGCAGAACCGCUACCCUUCAUUGGCAUCCACUGCCAUGAUUUGUGCAGAAUUCUGCAUUUUGGUUCUCCUGUGGUCAAGAUUAUUGCUUCCUAUAGCCUGUUAGAGUUGUUUAACAGAGUAUCAAAUCAAAUAAACAAUACACAUGAAGAGUUGAAAUGCUCCGUUGGAUACUUAAUGUCCAUGAAGAGUAUAUUGGAAGGCCUAGUUUUUUAUGCUGACGUGAGAGUGGCUACAAAUUGUGCCGUUUGCCUGUCAAUGCUUCUGAGAUGGGAAAAGCUGGAAAAUCAAACAAAACUACAUGGAAAGGGCAACUGGUGCAGAAUGAUUAUGGAAGAGAUGACAGUGUCUUUGGUAUCUCCUCCUUUAGCAUUGCCGUCACUUGCUAAAAGUCAAAGACCUGCCAUACAUAUAGCUACUGCUCUGCUGAAACAGAAAGAAAUUCCUCGGUGGAUGAGAUCAGUGUUUAACAAUUCAUGCAUAUCUGGCAUACUUAAUAGCAUUGAUGCAAGUAAUUUGAGCUCGGAAACUCUGGUUUUACUUCACGAACUACUCAAAUCAGACUUCUUAAGUACUGAGCAAACUGCAACUAUAAGUCAAAUGCUCCAGGAAUGCAGAAAGCACAUUUACACAAACUCCGAAUGUCUCCCAUCCGAACCAAUAAAGAAGGUCCUCACCACGCCUUAUGAUCUGGGAGACGUUUACAGCUAUCUCAUUGAUUUAAUGUCAUCAGAGACAUAUAUAGAUAUGGAUUCAUGGGGAUUUCAUGUGGGUAAUAAGAGGCUCUUAGAAGAAAUAGAAUUGUUUUUGAGGACCCUCACUGUAGAUAAUAGAUGCAGAUAGCUUAGGUAUCAAAAUAGUAAGCAUGUUGGAAUUCCAUUACAAAGUAUCAUAGUGAUUCUAUAUAUAUGUAUUUACCUCAUGAUCGCCAUCUUGAUCAUCAUCAUUGCCCCUCACAUAAUCACGUUAACUAGUGUA